GCUGAGCAGAAGCAUUUCGGAGUUCAGAGUCCAGAGAUCGAAGGGAUGAGUUGUUUAGUUUGGAAUUGGAGUACAAAGUGAUAACGCGUUUGUUGUGUUCCUGGAUUGUCCAUUCUGCAGUGUCCUGUAUACUUAUUGGGAUCAUCCAAAACAUUACACGUAUAGUAAAGGGAGGCACUAGUAUUCCGCAGUUAUUUGUUGCCGUUGGGUGCAGGGUUGUGUCAUUGAUGAGCAAACUGGAGGCGUCGGUGGAGUCAUCAAGGGCGACGAGAUGGAGCUCUUCCGCAGUGACACGCACUUUAUCCUCGUGAAGGAGGGACACAGCCUCUGGUGGGACAAACAGACUGGCGAGUUUGCGGCCAAAUCGGACUGGGAAUGGGCGAGCGCGGUGGAGCUCGAGUGUUUGGGCCUGUUCCACGGGCUGAUCGGUAAGAUCGAGCAGUCCCAGGUGCUGGAGACCCGGCUGAUGCUCAUCAAGGAAACGUCACCGGCCGGCGAGCUCCAGGGCGGCCACGUGGUCCACAAGAUCAAGUCCGUCGCUUUCCUGCACCUCGGCUCGGAGAACUUCGACAUCGGGCUGCAGCCGUGCCCCAAACACCAGCACGCCCCCAUCAAGAAGAAACCCAGCUCCGGGGUCGGGCUCUUCGACGCCCAAAAGGCCGGUUUUGCCAAGACCUGGGGCACCAUCAAGAGCGCCACCAACACCAUCAAGAACACGACCCAGCAGGCGGCCGCGUUGGCCACGUCCCAGGUCAAGUCGAGCGUCACCAAGAGAACGGGCGUCAAGGACAGGGAGAGGUUCGAGAGGAGGAUCAUCGACGAACUGCACAAGGUCUUCACCGAGACGGACUCGUUUUUCUUCUGCCGGACGAGGGACAUCACCAACAGCCUCCAGAGGCUCUGCGCCAAGGAAAGCGGCCAACACCUUCCCAACUGGCAGACGGUCGAUGACCGCUUCUUCUGGAACAAGUUUAUGCUCCAGGACAUCAUCAACUUGAACACGCAAGAGGCGAAUUGUUGGAUCCUUCCGAUAAUCCAGGGCUACGUGCAGAUCGAAAAGUGCCAGGUGGAGGUGGGCUUCGAUGGCCAGCCGUUGCACGAGAUCUUCAACCUGGCCAUCAUAUCGAGGAGGAGUCGAUUCCGCGCCGGUACGAGGUACAAGAGACGAGGUGUGGACGAGAACGGCAAGUGCGCCAAUUACGUCGAGACGGAACAGCUCGUCUGGUACCACGACCACCAGGUGUCCUUUGUCCAGGUGAGGGGCAGCGUGCCGGUGUACUGGUCGCAGCCGGGAUACAAGUACAAGCCACCGCCUCGGAUAGAUCGAGACGAGGCUGAGACGCAAGUUGCCUUUGAGAAGCAUUUUACGGAAGAGCUGAGUACUUACGGGCCCGUGUGCGUCGUCAAUCUAGUCGAACAGAGCGGCAAGGAAAGCAUCAUUUGGGAGGCUUACUGCAACCACGUUCUCAACUACGACAACUCGGACAUCACCUACACGACCUUUGAUUUUCACGAAUACUGUCGGGGUAUGCACUUUGAAAACGUUUCGAUCCUGGUGUCAUCGUUGGCCCCCAUAAUCGCAGAAAUGGGUUACUGCUGGCAUGACCGGCAAGGCCCGAUUUGUAUGCAAAAAGGUGUGUUUCGGGUCAAUUGCAUAGACUGCCUCGAUCGAACCAACGUCGUCCAAACAGCUCUGGGCAAGGCGAUUAUGGAAAUCCAGUUCUCGAAGCUCGGUCUCAUACCACCCGACGGUACGCUGCCUGUCAACAUUAGGCAAACUUUUCAAUCGCUGUGGGCCAAUAAUGGUGACAUUAUUAGCAAACAGUACGCUGGUACUAAUGCAUUAAAGGGAGAUUACACGAGGACGGGGGAGAGAAAAUUUACGGGACUGAUGAAGGACGGCAUGAAUUCGGCAAACAGGUAUUAUCUGAAUCGAUUCAAGGACGUUUACCGACAAGCCUCAAUCGACAUGAUGUUGGGUAAUGCCGUGAGCGAGGAAGAAUUCCAAGAAAGAACGGACGAGGAAGACAAUGCAGCUACGGCAAUUCACGUCAAAUUGUUGAUAGAAGAUUGCAAAAAAUUAUUGAUUCCCGAUCCUGAAACUAUUCUCAACAGUUGGGGACUGAUUGACGCAGAUCCUGUUACGGGUGAUCCCACGGAAACAGAAAUGGACAGUAUUUUAAUUUUAACGCGCGACAGUUAUUACAUUGCCGAUUACGAUGAGCAAAUCGACAAGGUGACGAAUUACCAAAAAGUAUUACUGACCGAUAUUGUUUUUAUCGAGUUGGGUCAGCCAGAAAAUACGGUAUCCUGGUUCAAAAACAAGAACCACUACUGCAUUAGGAUAAAUUACAGGGUAGGCCACGAGGUCGGCUACUUCCACAUGUUUCGCAGUACAAAUUUGCGCUUCUUCAACAAUAUGGCGAUAGUCAUUAAAACCGAAGAGGAAACCAUUGAAUCUUUAAAAGCUAUAUCCGAGGCCAUGUGCGUAGCUAUGGAGAUCGCAGGCUUGGCAAAAGUACCUGUGGCCAUGAACGUAAUGCUCGACAAGCGGAAGAGCAAGGUAGUCAAUGUCAACAAGGGCCACACUGGUCUUUUGGAUAUCACGUCAUUCCCUUCGUUGACAAGAAACGUCUCUGAAACGCAACUUAAUGCUCUGAAAAGUGUAGGCACGAAAGCUUUGAGCAACAUGUCGGAGCAGUUCAGCAAACUCAACAAGUUCAGCCACAGUCUCGCCACAAAAAAACCCAUCGAUUUUGCUAAGAACAUCGGCAAGAAGUCUGAAGUCGUAGACGGUAUAAAGCCAUCAUUUACACUGGGCAAAAGUGAAUUAGCCAAGGAGAUGUAUGACAAAAACAGCAGUGACGACGACAGCAGCUCCAAUGAGGAGGAAAAAAUCGAGAUGAUCCCCAUUCAUACGGAUAGGCCAAUGGACUUCCAGCAAGAUGCGAAUACGGUGGAAGGAUACUCGCCGACGAUCGGAAUCAUUAUGGGUGUCCAUAAUAGUGGAGUUGACGAGGUUGGAAAAGAGUUGAACGCUCAGUCGGCUGCCGGUAAUAGCAAUCUGGCGAUUAAUGGAUUGACUGAUGAGGAUUCCUCGAAUCGUAAAUUAAAUGGCACGGAUUCGUCUUCACAGAGAAAUCUCGCGUCGACGCCUGAAAUUACGGUUCAGGGUGUCGGAGAAGCAUUUAGUAGUGUAUUUAGUGAGAAAAUGGUACCACCAUCCUCUUUGAACCUGUCAAGAAAUAUCAGCCACUCUUCUGGCGAAGUUGAUAGUCAUGUACCUGGUGCUAGAGAUCCUUCUGGGAGUCAUACUCUGCAAACCGGAGGCAACAAACGAUCGUCUUCCGAGCAAGACCUCACGCUGUCCAUUAGCACGUCACAAAGCGAAUCAGCCCUCAAAUCCAUGAAAUCCAAUAUGGCAGGCACCACAUCCCCUGUUGCCGCUACCGCCAAAGAAAUCCUCUCGCCCUUCUCCAAGAUUGCCAAAGGCGUGCAGAAUCUCGGUGCCAAUCUCGAUCCUCGAAAGCACAAAUCCACAGGCGCAGGAGGUAUGACUCGCAAUCUCUCUGAUCAUCAUCUCGAAGAACGUCAAAAGUUGCAGGAUCGAUGGAACAAAUGCAAGUCGAGGUUGAUAGCACUGUAAACUUCUGCUUUGUCUCUUUCAACUGGAUGGAUAUUUUUCUUUCCAUUUGCUUUAUCUCUUUUUUGCUAUGCAGCAACGUGAUAUGUUUGAGGAUUUUGAUAAGUAAUGCAAGAAAGAUGCAUGAAUGUUAUCUUUUCGAGUCUCUUAACGUGGUUUAUAAAAGUAGAGCUUAGAUAAAUGAUGAGUUUUCUAACGGAAUGAGAAAAUUGAAAAGAUUUUUGAACUUUUACAAUCGAAUAAUCCUCUGAAUUCUGACUCCUUUUUUUUUUUAAGCAAUCGUUCUAUACCUCUAAUUGAAACAAUUUAUUUGAUAU